AUGCCUUCAUCAUACGUCCUCACCGGCCGCGGCGGCGCUGGCAACACCCACCGCCUCACAUCCACAGCCACCUCUUCCAAACCUGCCACCUCCUCAUCCUCCUCUAUGCCCGCCAUCACCGCUUCAACACCGCGCAUCGUUUCCUCGGGCGUCGGCGGCGCCGGCAACAUGCGUGCCCUCGACCCCGGCGCGCGCUCCUCGGCCGCCCACGACCUGCAGCUCGACAUGCGCCGCGCUGCAGCCCGUGACCGCCAUCCCGUUGGCUAUGCGGGCCGCGGUGGUGCCGGCAACGCCUACGCCUACGCCGACGACGACGCGGACGGCGCGAGCUUGCUGAGCGCGAGCAGCGCCGCCAGCAGCGUCGCCGAGAGGGCAAAGGGAUGGGCGGCACGCGUCAGCGGCAGCUUUUCUCGCUCUUGA